CUUGGCGUGGCCGUUAAGUGCAAGUGUGCAACUGCUGUUUCUUCCACCUCGCGGCGGGCCAUAAACACGAGGAGCUCGCUGACCAUGUGAAGCGAACGAGUCGCCUCUUCCUUCCUUUCACUUCCAGCCGCCGUCUUGAUACUUUUUUUUUUUUUUUUGCUUGUUCUCUCCUGAGCGUUCUGCUGUUUGUCUGGUUGGUUGAGGAGAAGCGACAUGUCGACGGUGAGACUGCUCGGGAUCCCUCUCCUGUGCGUGCUUCUCGUCGUGCGUUCUGAAUCCGUUUCAGACGACGUGUCUGCACUUCUUGCGUUCAAGAGAGCCAUCUAUGAGGAUCCUCUUUCCAGGCUGUCGGACUGGAACUCCAAGGACAAGGAUCCCUGCACCUGGUCCGGCGUGGGGUGCUCGGCGUUCAACAGCCGCGUGGUUACUCUAGAGCUGACAAAUUCAUCUCUCGGGGGGUUCUUGGCACCAGAGGUCGGAUCUCUUGGAUCUUUGAAAAAACUAGACCUUCACGCAAAUCGGUUGAGCGGCGCUAUCCCUCCUGAGCUUGGCAAGUUGGCAAGCCUCUUCGAGCUACGGUUGAGCAAUAACAGCCUUACAGGGAUUAUUCCUGCAAGUAAUGGUUCGAACAUGGAGUCCGCCAACAGCAAUGAUCAAAUUGGAUUGUGUCAAUUAUCUCAGCUAACCGAUAUUGAUCUCUCAUAUAACUUUUUGGUUGGAGAUAUUCCUAUAUGCUUAGAGCAAAUACAAAGAUCAAGCUUCGUAGGGAAUUGCUUCCAGAACAAUGGCACAGAAAACCGUCCAGUCCAGCAAUGUGAAAUUAACCAGGAAGCAGGCAAAGACAACCGUGCUGGUGGGGAUGAGCAGAGAGGCCUACCGCAACCACUUUGGCUUCUCAUUCUGGAAGUCAUCACAGCGGUUUCAUUCCUUUGUUUGUUAACACUCUGUACCAUCACUGGUCUCAGAAGGUACCGAGCUAGAUCCUCCGGGUCCGGGAACAGUGUUCCAUGGACAAGAGCUGUAAGCUGGAAGGAAAACACCGUAAUCUCGAUCGAUGAUGACCUCCUGGGAAAUGUGCCGAAGAAAAGCCGGCAGGAGCUUGCAGAAGCCUGUGAAGACUUCAGCAACAUUAUUGGAUCUUCUCAUGAGACAGUCGUGUACAAAGGAACUCUGAAGGAUGGCCGGGAAAUCGCUGUUGUGUCACUGUCCGUUUCAGUACAUCACUGGAAUAACUACGUGGAGCUUUACUUUCAGAAGGAGGUGGUAGAAAUGGACAGAUUGAACCAUGAAAAUGUCGCAAAGAUGGUGGGAUACUGCAAGGAGUCUGAUCCGUUCUCAAGAAUGCUGGUCUUUCAGUACCCACCAAAUGGGACACUUCAUGAACAUCUUCAUGAUGGAGAAGGAUGUCAGCUAUCUUGGCCCAGACGGAUGAAACUCGCGCUCAGCAUCGCGCGAGUUCUCAGAUACCUGCACACUGAGCUGCAACCUCCAUUUGCUGUUGCUGCAUUGACGUCCAGUUCAGUUUACCUAACUGAAGAUUUCUCCCCAAAGAUAAUUGAUUUCGAGAGGUGGAGAUAUCUUGUGACCAAACCAGAACUUGGCUCCGGUUGCGCGGUAUACGGAGGAUCUGCGAACAGCAUUACGGAUUCUCGGCACAAGCGCUUCAUGGACGUCCAGGCCAACACGUUCGCAUUCGGGGUGAUCCUGCUGGAGUUAAUCAGCGGUGAAGCCUCGGUUUCCAAAGAUACGUUGGACUUGGUGGACUGGGCGAGGAAGCACUUGGACCAGCCCGAGGAGUUCAGCAAGCUGGUAGACUCCAAGCUGUGCGGGCAGAGCGUGAACCAGGAGAACCUGGGCAUCAUCUGCAACGUGGUGAACCUGUGCAUCGAUCCGGAGCCGUUGCGGCGGCCCUCCAUGAGCAUGAUCGCGGGCAUCCUGGAGGAAGGCAUCGAAGCGUCGGCGGCCACCUUGCGCAGGGAUUCUUCUCUGGCCUGGGCCGAGGCCGAGCUGGCCAUGUCCUAGAUGCCCACCCUUUGUUUGCUGCCACUCGUGGCUGUAGUUGCGUGGACAGUUGUUUUUUAUUCUAAUCCAUUGUUACUCCGUUUGGCAUUGUAAUGGUUUUCCGAGAGAAAGAAUGGGUCCUAAAUCUGAAUUGAAUAGGACUUGAACUUGGGUUUGAUCAGCAUGAGCAGUUUUUAGUCGGGCA